CAAUCAUUGUGACUAAAGCUUUAUUCCAACAACCCUGAAGUGUCUCUCUGGCAAUUUUCUGAUCGCUAACUAUCCCUGAGUGAUCACACCAAUGAAGAAUAUAAAGAAUAACAAGGAACUUUUCGAAUGCUAAUAUUAAAUGGUGGUACAUAUUAAAGUUUUCAUAUAAUUUAAAUAAGGGUUAUAAAGUAAAUAAAAAAUGAGUUGCACCAUAAAUAAUGGGAAUGUGAUGAUUCAGUGGUUAGCUAACCUAUUGAAUUCAGUCCUUUACCACUGAGAAAUGUUACAUCUUAAGUGAUAUGAGAGAAGAAUACAGAAUUUAUUUAUAAUACAUAAAUAAAUAAAUGAAUAGACUUGUAUGUGAGGGGUGGAAAUGAUACAAAGCGCAUAGUAAUCUAUAGAAAUGUGCGUAAAGUGCGUUUUGGUGAGCUUCAUCCAGCCGGCAUUAGGACCUCGUGGAUGAGUUUUUCUCUCUCUCUAUUUGCACCAGGUCGACACGCGCUGAAAUAUAGAUAAUAAGUGGUCAUGUAGGCGUAGGUUGGAGUCUAGUUUUUUCGAUCUGAAGGCGAUAACCACAGGCUCGGUGUGAAAGAGGACUGAGGCACGUGGUGAGGUGCGUCCCCUUUAUAAAGCUGACUUACUGUCCAGCCAGCCGCCAGGAGAUGGUGCGCGCUGGCACGCGGCACUGGCGUUUUCCACAAGAGGGGAUGGAGAAGCGCACUAACGCUCUUUCCGUCGCGCCGAAGGGAAAAUAACGUACUCGUCUCUCGCUCCGUUCCUCCGUCUCUCUGCGUCUUUCCGGACAACACCACGGUCCCUGCACACUAUUAAGAUUUCCUCCGCGACGUUUCCUUUUUUGUUUGUUUGUUUGUUUCUGCGCUCUCGGAUCGCACGCGAUUUGGCGGAGAUGCGCGGCGGCGCGCGAGCGGACCGUGCCGAGUUGUAAAGCGCAGCGCGUUGGGGCGCAGCUCACGCCGUUCACCGCACCAAGUGGGGGGGUUUUGGUGGCGCUCGGAUGCAGCGGAGGCGCGUUGAGCCGCAGAUCGUCGCGCUGUUUCGCUCCACGAGCAAUCAAACUUCACAUGGCCGUGAAUGCAAUCAUAUAAGCGCUCUGGUUUAUUCUUCUCUUCUAGGAUAUUCCUUUUUUCUCCCUCUAGAAAGCCAUUUAACAACUUUUCAAAUGGAUAUCCAGACACAAAAACGAUCAAUAACUAAUGAUCAUAGUAUAGCUUAAACUUUUCACAUCAAACUUUUUAUCUGGUGAUCCUGCGAUAAACUACAAAAUGCAUUGAUCGUCUCAUUUGCUUUUAUACUUUACGCCUGCUUAAUUCAGCAUAUCCAAACCUUAUUAUAGCUCUUAAAACGACUUCUUUUAUUUUUACCCUCUGGAGGAACACACGCUAUCCACCCCCGAAAAUGAACCUCUUUGUAGUGAGCUUUCUCCUAAGCCUGGAUCUAGUGGCCGUGGCGCUCGGCUUGUCCACGUGCAGCACUUUGGACAUGGAUCAGUUCAUGAAAAAGCGCAUCGAGGCGAUCCGAGGCCAGAUCCUAAGCAAGCUGAAGCUCAGUAAGCCGCCGGAGGAGUUCCCUGAGCCCGAAGACGUGUCCCGGGAUAUCAUCGCCAUCUACAAUAGCACCCGCGACCUGCUGCAGGAGAAGGCCAACGAGCGCGCCGCCACCUGCGAGCGCCAGCGCAGCGAGGAGGAGUACUACGCCAAGGAGGUGCACAAAAUCGACAUGCAGCCUUUCUACCCCUCUGAAAAUGUCAUCCCUCCGACCUACUACAAUCCCUAUUUCAGGCGGUUAAGGUUUGACGUGAGCUCCAUGGAGAAGAACGCCUCCAACCUGGUAAAGGCUGAGCUGAGGAUUUUCAGGCUACAGAACCCAAAGGCUCGUGUGUCUGAGCAACGCGUUGAGCUUUAUCAGAUCCUUGGCCACAAGGACCUCACGUCACCCACACAGCGCUACAUUGACAGUAAAGUGGUGCGCACUCGUACAGAGGGAGAGUGGCUGUCUUUUGACGUUACCGAAGCGGUCAGCGAAUGGCUACUGCACAGAGACAGAAACAAUGGAUUCAAGAUCAGCCUGCACUGUCCUUGCUGCACUUUUGUGCCAUCAAAUAAUUACAUCAUCCCAAACAAGAGUGAAGAGCUGGAGGCCCGCUUUGCAGGGAUUGAUGAUAGCUUCAUCCGCCGUCACAGUGGCCAGUCUCCACACUUGCUGCUCAUGUUGCUUCCAUCCUACCGCCUGGAGUCCCAGCACAAGAGCCACAGACAGAAACGAGCCCUGGAUGCUGCUUUCUGCUCCAGGAACGUCCAGGACAACUGCUGUCUGCGCUCACUAUACAUUGACUUCAAAAAGGACCUGGGAUGGAGGUGGAUCCAUGAGCCGAAAGGAUACAAUGCCAACUUCUGUGCUGGAGCAUGUCCUUAUCUAUGGAGCGCAGACACCCAACACACUAAGGUCCUUGGUCUAUAUAACACCAUUAAUCCAGAAGCAUCAGCUUCUCCUUGCUGUGUGUCCCAAGACCUGGAACCUCUUACCAUCCUUUACUUCAUUGGCAAGACCCCUAAAAUUGAGCAGCUUUCCAAUAUGAUUGUAAAGUCCUGCAAAUGCAGCUAGGAACUGGCUAAAGCUGCAUGCACACGCGCACACACACACACACACACACACACACACACACACACACACACACACACACACACACACACACACACUAUAAAUUUUAAUACAGUUAUGAACUGUCUUAUUCACACAGGUAUAAAAAUUGCUGUGCAGGACAGAAACAGAAAUGUACAUUUCCUACAACCAGCAUACGUAUUUGUACAAAGUGAGCACACAAAAGCGCACACAAAGAGUUUGCACUUAGGUGUGCGUGUUUAUGUUUGUGUGUGUAUGUGUGCUGCGGGACAAAAUAGCCCCUCUUAGUACAUCUCAUCUCACACACUCAUCACACCAGGAUAGUGAGUAUGGCAAACACUGGAAGUACAUUAUAAAGUGUCUACAUGUGAAGUAGUAGAAAAGAGAAUCCCUCAUUUCAGCAAGCAGUUACAGCAAACUUUGUCUCUUUCCUCUCUUUCUUUACCUAUGCAUCCCUUCAAAAAACAUUUGUUUUUCCUUAUUUUUAAAGCUGGUUUUGAUUCUUGGAAAUUGUUGAAGACCUCACUUAUUUAAUGUUAGCAGGGCCUGUUAGUGAAUUUCCUGGCUAAGACAUGACAAGAGGAAUGGGAAAUGGAAAGGUGAAGAGAUUUUUGCGAUAUGGAAAGACACCAAGGGACUGAAAGUAGUUGAGUUAAAUUCCAUUGCAGCUGAACAAGAGGUAAAAAACGAACUUCCAGCAAAACAAGCAUGUGACUGACUGUGAGUUCGGAAAGGCAGCAGGUGUGAAGCUGGCCUUGCAAUAUGCCCAGUUCAGUUAUAUGCUAUAAAUCGAUGCCUUUUGAACUUGGAAAUUGAGCAAAUUUUGGAGCUGCUGUGAAUCAUACGGUUGGCUCCAUUUGUCAUUUUUUAUGUUAAGUAAUCGUAAGUACAAAACAAGUUAUAUACUACAGAACAUCUGUCAUGAUUCCAGAAAAAUAAAAUAAAAUUCACAUUUGUCCUGAAAAGCAAUUUUCAUGAGGCACAAAAGAAAAACAUUUGUUUACUUUAGGAACGUAUAGUGAAGGAGUUCCUAUAAAGCCAGUUCUACAGAUCAGGUACAUUCAUGUCAACAUUCAUGUAAUUAGAGUGGGAAAGAGAGCAGGGUUAUGGUAGGUGACAAUGUAUUAUGGAAGGCUUUGAAAGGAAAUUGUUACAGUAAAGUCAAAGGAAGGACAGGACAACAGCAGAGGGAUAUUUGCCAAGUGAUUAGAGGCAUGUAGAACAGAUGUCUGACAAUGUCUCUGUGGCUGUCUAUAGUAAUGAGAGUCAGUAAAAACCUGGUACUUCCAGCUUAUCAAGUUUCAAGAUGUGGCAUAAACGGGGCCAAGCCAGCCUUACAAAUGUACUUGAGUAGCCAUGGAUGGAUAUGUGCCAUUGAGAAACAUUGUAUUGCACUCAAAUCUGAGCGCAAAGCCCUUUCUUUGUUUAUUUUCCCUCCCCUUCCAAGGAACUGAGAUCAUUUGAUACAAAGAAUUGCACUGACUGUAUUUUAUUAUUACCUUUUUUUGUAACUUUUUUGUUUGUUGGAUUUCUACUUUAUGCCCCCUCACCCUCAACAUACCGCAAGUGUUAAUGAGGUGACGUCAGUAAGGAAAUUUGGCAAGGCAAAAUGGAAACAGCUCAGAUCAGUAUAGAUUGCUUCCAACACAGUAAAAUUUAUAGGUGACAGCAUACAACGCCUAACCCCAUCCCCCUCAUAGUGCUAGUGGACUUCCAUAAGACAUAGGAAGUGGAAGGAAGCACAACCGUUGUCACAUUAGAACAGUGGUUCCUUUAUUCCGUCCUCAAACACCCCCUGCCAAAUCACAUUUGUUGUCCGUUUUUUUUUUAUUUCUGAUCAUAUUAAGCCAUGUAAGAGAGAACUGCGCAACUCUGACUUUCUGGCUCUGAUAUGAUUUUGGAAUAGAGUGUGGACUGGCCAGGGGGCCUUGAGGACCAUAUCAGUGACCUCUGUGUUAGAGCUGUAUAUUGUUAUUGUUGUUUAUGAUGAUGCUGAUUUUGUUGACCCACUAUGAUGUAUUGUAACACAUUAUUGUUGUGGUGCUCUAGUGGUAAAUAAAUUAUUUAAGUAACAAGGGAAAA